AUGGAAAAGGUCCUGAUUUUUACUUUUAUAAUGGUGUCCAGCAUCGCUCACGGUCGCAUAUCGGUGAUGUACGCCCACGAAAAACUAAGCGACAUAGUUGCGGAGCAAUGUCUUUCACAAAUGUAUCCAAAGAAUAAGCACAUUCAAAUCCAGGAGUCGGAUGAACCUUGCAUAAUUUUCUGCGUCCUCAAAAAGUUUGGCAUCAUUAGUCCUAAUGGUGUUUUCAAUCUGGAGGUUUAUAGUAAUAUCCCUGCCUGGGCUGAGCACCUGAGUGAGAGGAGUUGGGACGCCGUCUCCUCCUUUUGUGAAGCAGUCAUGCUCGCGAAGAGAGAGGCGGCCCGCGUGAGGGAGCAAUCCUCCUCUUCACGCUCCAGCCGCCGCAACAGGCGACACUACGGGCGUCGGCGUCGGGGAUCAAGGGACGAUCUCCGGCCACCAAAAGUGUGGGAGAGCCAUGCUUCGGCGCGAAUGGGUCGGCUCGACCGGAGUGAUACCACGGCCUCACAGAAAACCGGCGUGAAACAACCACAGCGUUGUGUUUCGCCGUGUGAGUGA